AACGUAGAAUCAAAACAACAAAAAAAAAACGGAAUAAUAACUUGUUAUGGAAGCAGUGCGAAGCAACAGUAAGUGGAAUCGAUGGCAAAUUAAAAACGGAACAAAACAAGUGGAUGGGAAUUUAACUUCAUUUGUAACAGCCUGCUCGCAGAAAAAUGCAGUGAAAGCAGCCAUUAGUAUCGAAGAUGAAACAGAUGUAAUUGAACGAUGUUUGCUUCGGCCGCAGCUAAACAUAAGGAUGUUUUGUCGGCGGCGGAGAAAACACCGAUGGAUUUGCCGUUUUCGUCUGCCAGCUCGUAGGCGGACGUACCAACCCGAGCUAUGACGGUGCAUGGGAGGUAGCAAGGUCCCAGCUUGGCAUUAUAGUGAUGGGGGGCAGAUGACUGGCGAAAGUUUCGCUUGUACACCUUUUGCCCUACCAUGUACACAGGUGAGAAAGUUUUAUGACGCAAAUUGUAAUCAUGUGAAUUUUUAUUGAAUUGUUUUUUUAGGUUUUUGUAAACGAGUUUGUAAAUAGACUGGUCAAUUUGAA